UACCAAACCCUCACCUCUCGAAUUGAAAUAGGCACACAAAAUCCCCUGCUAAAUAAAAUCCACAGCACUGAAGGAAGGAAGGAGAGGAUGAGCGGACAUCUAUGGCAACUUCCUUACUCGUCGCUUCUGUUCAAUCGCACCAAGUUGUAUCAAGGUUUGUACGCAUUACCAAAAAUGAAAAUCUAUUCCCUGUGUUCCAGUAAACAAAUCCAAACAACUACUUACGAGGUUGUGAACGGAAGCUAUUUAGAGACAUCACUUGUCAAGCAAGAAAACAAAACCAAGGAUACAACACCCGCACCCGUUGCACUUGAUACGGUCGGUGCCUUCCAAAAGUUACCGAUGGUGAUGCCAUCGGUUGAUAUAUAUUAUUCGGCACUAAGAAAGGCUAGGAGGGUCUCACCCACAAAGGGGAUUGCCAAUGCUGCUAAGCGUGAGAAAAACAAAGGUGCAAAACAACUUGAUGCCCUAAUGAAGGAACUAACCCUGCCGUUAAAAACGUACAAAGAAAAGUUCCCAAAUAAGAGACAUUUGCACCCUUAUGAACGGUCUCUUAUUGAGCUAACUUUGGGAGAUGGAAAUUAUGAAGAGGUUUUAGGAAAAGUUGAUUCUCUUAGGAAGAAACUAGUAUCAGUCGGAAAAGAACAUGCAUCGCUAUGUGCUCAGUCGUCAACAAAGCGGGAAGCAGAGGAGAGGUUAGCAGAGGGAAUAAAAAGACUCGAAGAAAUCUUUCAUUCUGAUGGAAAAGCUGUUGAUGAGUUGAUGCAAAUCGCCAAGAGUUUAAGGGCAAUGCCAGUUGUUGAUCUUGAAAUGCCGACACUCUGCCUUGUUGGAGCUCCUAAUGUUGGAAAAUCAUCGUUAGUGCGCAUACUUUCUACAGGAAAGCCCGAGAUCUGUAACUACCCUUUUACAACGCGAGGAAUUCUGAUGGGCCAUAUAACUUUGAGCUACCAGCAUUUCCAGGUGACAGAUACACCUGGGAUUCUAAGGAGACGUGACGAGGACAGGAAUAAUCUUGAAAAGCUAACACUCGCUGUGCUCGCUCAUCUUCCUACUGCCGUAUUAUUCGUUCAUGAUUUAACCGGAGAAUGUGGGACCUCUCCUUCCGAUCAGUUUUUGAUUUACCAAGAAAUAAAAGAAAGAUUCAGUAGUCAUCUAUGGAUUGAUGUCGUCUCCAAGUGCGAUCUGUUGCAAGAAUCUCCUGUAUUUUACAUCACAGAAGACGCCGAUGCUGACCAUUCUGAGUUGCUAAAAUACCGAACAACGGGACCUGAUGGAGCGCUUCGUGUAUCAGUUAAGAGUCAAGUCGGGAUCAAUGAGUUGAAGAGUAGAGUGCAUGAGCUUCUGGUAUCUCAAUCAGCAAGACUAAACAUUGAAAAACCUGAGGCCACGACUAAUGCUUCGUCUCCACGCAAAAUUUUUAUAUAAUUUGGAGUUUUCAGGUCGAGAUGAGGUAAACAAAUUACAAUAUUUGGAAAUACAACCUCGUGGCAAACCGAAGGAAAAAUUCCGGGGUAUGGAUGAUAUGACCCGUAAUGGUGAACUUAGCCCAGGUGUGCCAUAGCUAUUGAUGGUUAUUCUGAGGAGAAAGGCGAUCAUGGUCAUAGUUUAGGAAUGAGUUAUUGGUUUUCUGGAUAAUGUUCUUGUGAUGCAUUAAAUUUUUAUACGAAAGUGUAAAACAAGACUAUUAUAUACUAUUAAGAUUAUUAAUUAGUUUAGAUAUAUAAUUGAAAAUUUAUAUUUC